CUAAUCAAAAACAAUUUAUCUUUUAUGAUUAUGAAGAUGCUGGAGAUAAUCUAAAUUUAGAUAAAUACAAUUCAGAUAAAGAAUGCGAAUUUAAAUUUGUUGCUUUAAAUAAUUUAUUAAUAUGUAAAUUUUUGUCCUUUUUAGGUGGUGAAAUUUAUUGA